AUGGGCAAAACAUGGAAGCAAAGAGGAGGAUACGAUCGCAACCAAGACGGUUGGGAUGGAAGUGGCUAUGGACAUGUGCCAUACUUGCCCAAGGAGAAGCUCUGGAGGGGAGCUUAUUCUCCCAGGGCACCGUGGAAGCGAGGCGAGGAUGCCAGACCGCCUGCCUUCCCCAGCUACACCCAACUUGCGCCCAAGGAGAGUACGACCCACACAGCUGCAGCAGCCCCUACAUUUGUGCCAGAUGCUACACUCUCGGAACUCCAGAAGACCCUCACCGCUGCCCGCAAAGCGGAGAACCGAGUCCGAAGCCUGCUUUCGCAGAAGGAGAAGAACGAGCAACAAUGGGAGGCCUACAAAGAUACAAUGGAGAAGACCUUCAUCCAGGAACACAAGAGAUUUGUGGCAGGAGCUGCCAAGAUACAACGAGACCUGGAUGCAGCAGUGGCGCACCAGGACGAGGCCAGACAGGAUGUGCGAGCAGCCUACAAUGGGGAACCAGUCAAGCCCUCCCGAGCCGCGGAGCAGGAAAAAGCAGCCCUCUCGGCAUGGGAUGCCAUGCGAGAUAUGUGGGAAAGAUCCCAGGAUGUCGAUAUGGAAGGAGUACUUCACAGGGCAGUCAAUGGUCAGCCCUCUACAACAACUGCACCGGAAGCUGCUCCCUUGAGGAAAUUGAAGCCAGAGUUCCUGCAACAGUUGCUUGCCGAUCCUGGAGUCCAGGCUGCCUUUUGGGCAGCAGCCCCACAAGGCGGCCCAGGACAUGCAGAUGGAUCACACAUGGGGGCACCGACCUUCGAUGUCCCCACCUUUGGCGGCUCGGCAACAGCGGGACACGGACUCAUGACAUCGCAGCCUCCGGGGAUCACCACCGUGGAGGACCCGGACGAUCCCCGCCAUGGACAACCGGAUCCUGCCCCAAGUACAGGAAAGGCCGAGGCGAUGGCAGGUGUCCACCCUGGGCAGCGCGACCUUGGAGCCUCGCGAGUCCCUUCUCACGAAGGGCCUCCCCGGCCAGAUGUCAAGACGGCCACCAGGACCACCCCACAGAGGCCAACAGUUCACAAAGGCUUGGGAGAAAAGUUAGAAGAGAAAAGGCAGCAAGCCAGACAAGGAGUGGCGAUGCAUCCAUUUGGUCUCCCGGGUCACGCGAGCGGAGGACCCAUCCAUGUCGAACCUCACAUGGAGACCAACGUGGACGACAACGACGAAGAGCUGGACCGUGUGGACGGUCACAGAUCACCAGGUCUGGGCAAGCUAGAGGUGCCAGCAGACCUGACCUUUGGAUGUUGGUGUGGAUUCGGGUUGGGAGGGCAAGAUCCGGUUGAGACUUCAAUGGGGAAGUCUCGCUGUGCUUGCGACCCCCUCGACCAACGAUACCACACGGACAGACAAUGCGACAGUUUUGCUGAGUACCCUCUUUUUCACCUCGCUGUGUACAGACUUCAGGUAGGCUGUUGUGUGUCCCUUGGCUUGGAUUCCUUUUGGCCGACCUGUAUGCCUUUAUUCCUCGCUGACGUCAUCCUCGGCUGCCUUGGAUGCUCCUUGGGCUCUGGAGUGUCUUUGGGUAAGCCCUCGCCUGGCAGUGAGGUAUGUAUGCCUCCAUGCAGCCCUGCCAACAAUCAGGGCAUUUAUGCUGCCCCCUCUUGGACUUCUCGAGCGCUAAAGAAACACAUCGGUAGCUCAGGGGUGUUCGCCGAUUUUGAAGUCCAAAGGCCGGGCAGUAUUGAUUUAGUCCCCUCAAGAGUCAUCUCGCCACCCACUUGGCUGGAGGACCCCUUGCUGGUGAUCCUACUCCACAUCACCUCCUUCUUAAUCCCCCUGGCCAGGGCAGUACUCUUCAUUCUGUUCCUCGCCGUUUUUCGACUUCUCUGCGGGGCACUGCCCAGCCGUCGAGAGCCAUUGGGAAGACUUCUCAUGCUCCCCAGUGUUGGAGGGUCCGAAGGCACGUUCCAGGGUGUUCCUGGGCACUUCACAGUGCUGACAAACGCCAGCCUAAGCAAGCCCAUCCCCCCAGAGGACGGCAAAGUCGGCGUGGGUCUGUAUGGCGGUUUCUCCUUGGAUGUCUCCCUGCGUGCAGCAUCCCGGCAAGACUUGGGACCGAGCAAUGCGGCCUGUCCUUUUGUGCCGGCCUUGCAAGACUUGCCUGUCACUGGAGGUUUUGAUCCCUUGCCAGACGACCUACCUUUGUCCAACACUAUACAGUCUGUUUCCGGUAUAGGCAACUAUGACGAAGGGACCGGCCUCUACUGUCGAUCGGAGAUGUCGCUCACAGUACACCUCGCUGGACGGUUUGCCAAUGAUCUCGGGCACGCGCUGCAUCCCGGUGACGCCACAGCUGCACACCAUAACGGCCUCGACCCUGCCACGCCAGGUUAUGCUGCCCCAGCACCACGGCCUGAUACAGGCCAUGAGGAAGAAGGAGGUGAGAGCGAACUAGGACUUCAGAUAGGCCAGUUCAUAGUCAUAGUCCCAGACAGUCUUCCUGAGCAGAUUGCUAUUGUCCUCGAUGAGACCACCACCAGUAGGGAUGUGCUUGCAGUCGCAGCGAGGGAAGUUGAUGAGCAAAGACUAGCACAUUUCCCUCUCCUGUUGCCUAUCGUCCCUCAGCCAGACAGCCAUUGGGGAACAUUGCUCUCGCUGCCCUCUUGGGCUCACGAUGAGCCAAUAGCCUGCAUCGAUACCCGGGAACUCGACGGGAGACUCUUUGCCACUGACGUUCCCCGCCACGCCACCAAAGAACAGCUUUGUCGACGAGCUGGCUUCGAGGCCACAGAACCAAUUGGGGUUUUUGCCUAUGGGAGCACCACCCCUCUAGGGCCUGAUGACAUAGCUACCUUUGUCCCCGGGGGUUUGAUAGUCAUUUCAGACCGACCCGAUCAGAGAGCCCAGCUCCCAUCUCUAGAGCAACUUCUUCUGUUGCAGCACAGUUGGGAUGCUGAUCCUGAAAUACCUUAUGGACCUGCAGGUCGCCAUCACUGUUGUGUUACUGGAGGACAGCGGCUUAUCACCCAUAACCCGCAACUCCAUCCUGAGUUACACAGCAGCAUUGCGGCCGCCUUACAGCUCAAUCUCGAGCACACAGACAUUUUGCCGGCUACCCCGCCAGUCACUGAUGCAGCCAUCAACGGGCAUCACUGCCUCAGUGUUCAAGCAAUAGUCUCCCACUUUGCUGGCGACAAGGACCCAGACCUCAUUGUCGGUCUCCUUGACUGCCGCCCUCUUCUCCAGGGCUGGUCAUUGAUCGCUGCACCCGGAGGCCGUACAUCAUACCUUGACCUUGUCACUGUUCUUGACACCUUUGCGCCGCAGGGGUGGACUUCUAGGAUAAAUACAGGUGACCUUGAUGAAGCCGGAAAUUUUCAGGUCGCCCCGGGUCAAGUCUUUACGGCCAGCUAUGUCUCAACUGCGAUUCCUGAGGAUGUUUCUGACAAUGCCUCGGGUGAGGAUGUCGGGGCUGACGGCCCUCCAGAGGAUGGGGAGUCCGCUGAGGCUCUGAUGCCUCAGUUGCGUAAUUUGCCCUUCUUUGUCGCUGCCCUUGCCGUUGUCCGGAAUGCGCGCUCCGCACAAGACAGGCGCAAUUUCCCUGUUCUUACAGCCGCCCGCCCACAACCCAUCAAUGGAGCGGGUCUUUUCCUUGCCGAUGCUGCCUGGGAUAAUCCUUAUCCCACACUCUGCCUUGACACCACUGUCUUUGACGGCAGGCUCUUUGCUGUCGUUGGUCGGUUUUAUGCCGAUAAGCACUCGUUGCUGAUCCUUGCCGAUCUUCCCCUAGGCUUGAAUGUCGAUAUUUACGUCGGCACAUCACCCGACCCGAUUGCAGAAGGACAGGAGCAGCAAAUGACCCAUGGGGAUGUCAUCAAGUACCAGCCCGCAGGCACCCGACUCCCCCACAGGUAUUCACUUGGGUUUUGCCUUCAGCACCCUGGGCUCUGGGAUGCUUGUUCCUUUUCGGGUUUAGUUGCCCCGCCAGACGUGUAUGGACUUGUGCAUGACAGCCAGUGCAUUCUUCAUCUACCAGGUCCUUCCACACCAAUGAAUUUUCGGCGACAUAUCGCAGCCACCAUCGGCACGGACGAGGCUAGGCUUCGCCUCUUCCCAUCAGUGCCCAGGGUCAGCAAUGCUGAGAUUUCCGGGCACCCAGUUCGUAACAUUGUUGGCGUCUCUGAACUCGCUGGGGAGUUCACUCGCACAUCCUGCUGUGUUCUACUUGACGCUCGGCCACUUGGCCAACAGUGGCAUGAAAUUCACGUCCAUGGGGACCACUUUGAACCUCUCGCCCUUAGUGCAGACUUCGACAGACAUGCACCUGCAGGAUGGCGCACCAGAAUACAGGACGCCAACGGGGAAGAGGUAGGGGGUAGGAUAGUGCCGGGGCAGGUUCUUGAAGCUGUCUACGUACCCACAGGUUUUGGGCGAGAACGGAGUAUAGCUGAGCCCAUCAGCAAUGCCCUCGAUGAUGAUCCUGCUGCUGCUCCAGGUAUUCCGCCCGUAGCCCCUCCUGCCACUGCCUCUGCGCUUGGAACAGCUGCUGCGCAAGACCAAAGGGAUGCCAUCGCACCAGAUCACCCUGGUGUCCUGCCCCGUCCAACUGAUGACCCCACAUCCAGCCACACUGACGGCCCUGCAUUUGCCAAUUGCAUCUUCCUCAUCCUUGGGCAGAACUAUUGCCCUGAAGUUGUUCAAGUUCGACUCAGAGUUGGCUGCCCUGAGACUGAAGCCCUUGAGACAGUUAACGCCGCCAGAUCUCCUGUCUUCCGAGGGUACCUACCGCGGAUAUGCUCGGUCUACCCUCAGACAAUCCAAGGGAUAGCUGUUCUUGUUGCGGUCCCGCUUUGGCCGGUCACUGGAGCUAUUGUUGUCCUUGAUACCAUGCGUAUCAAUGGACAAAUCUGCGCCCAACAGCUCCCAAGCAUUAUUACCAGAGAAGGCGCUUGCAUUGCUGCCCGUGUGUCCCUUCAUGCACCACAUGAGCUAUAUGUUCAUGAUAUGCCAUGGCCAGCACAACCUGGCAUGCAGCUUGGAGUGUCCCACGGUGACGCCCUCUUGAUUGUCCCUUCGGACACCAGGCACUUUGUCCUUUCUGAUCUUACCACCAUGCUCCAUGACCCAGAUUGUUGGAAUACGGACUGGACGCCAGACGUGCCCUUUGCAGAACGAAGCUGGAUCAUCUCUGAAAGUAGGGACUUCCUUUUCCCCAUCCUCCCUGGACGCAGAGACCAAGUCAGCCGGGAUGUAGCCAGCCUCUUAGGCCUGCCCACAGCGAGCUUCCGGCUCUUUGCGCCUGACCCCAGCAUAAUCACUUACGCCGAUAACGGCGUCCCGGUUCAGCAUGUCCUUGCAGCGGUUCAGCUUGAAACGCGGGCAGGCGUACAAAGAGCUAGGCCACCUGCCUGCUUUGUCGACUGCCGGCCACUCUUGCAGACUGUCCGGGUGCUUUUCGAUGCCGAAGCCUGCCUAGACACCCAGCGCCUUGCACACCUUUUCUGGCGCUGCCCUGCAGGAUAUGUCCUAUGCUACCUCUCUUCUUCAGGACUAUUCCAGCCUCUGGGCGAUACCCUCACAUUUGCGGACCGAAGCGUCAUUGUCCUUGCGUAUGUCCCUGCAGUCCUCGUCCAUACCGGGGAUACCUUAGAAUCCGAGGCGCAGCACAACGACGGCACUGACCAAGACAGCCCCGAGCACGACCGGAGCUCAGGAACCCAAGAGAGCCACCCUGGCGAUAGAGCGCCUUCUUCUCACAGCAGAUCCACAGGCCAUGAUGCAGGUACAGGUGGCUCCAGGCAUGCCCAAGGUCGCCCCUUGCCUCCUCAGACCGGAUUGUCAGUCUGUGCUUGUGGGUCCCUCUGCAUUAUCAUUUGCAUUGGUGGUCUCUCUGAAGCCGGUGUUUUCAUUGGGAUCCUCUUCGCUGCCAUUCAAGGGGCCUGGGUACUUCGGUUUGGGUUUGCAGUCUGCCUUUUGCCUGCAGUCACCGCAAUGCAAUUCCAGCGGACAGAGCUCCAUGCCCCUGAUGUACACCGAGCCGACUAUGACAGUCGAUGUAUCAGUAUCCCUGACAUCCUCAGGAUACCGACACCUUGUCGAAACAGCAAACAGGCCUGCCCCUUGACAGGUCCUGCAGGCAAUUCUGAACCUCUUGGUGAGCCGACUAACUGCCCACACGACCAGGAAUUGCGGAGUAUCAUAGACUCUUGGCCAGUUGACACUCUGCUCAAUCAGAGUAUGCGGAGUAAUCCUGAGCCCUUCUUCCUUGCUGCCACUCUUCUUGAUACCCUGUGUGAGCAUUUCGCUGGCUCUUCAGACGGAGUCCACCCGUGCAGACUGCUUCGUCUGGCAGAUCAUCUCCCACCCUGCCCUCAGUUUGAUUUGACUGCCACGACUAUGAACGUUAGCUGUACACUUGAUCAGCUACAAGCAUUUCUGCAAACUCGAUGGCAGCUACACUCCAACCUUCCCUCUGCACUGCACCUGCACCCUGCCACAGAAAGUGCCCUAGCCGAUCACUGCCAUAUAGCCCGGGACGCAGUCCUCGCCGUCGAGAUCUAUACUGACGGGUCUUUUCACAGUGACCUCAGCACCUGGGCCUUUGUAGUACGAGUUACUGACGGCUACCACUGGUCUGUAUUCGGCUGGGCCAGGGGAACAGUCGCACUUGCUGGCUCUGUAGCCUCUGUUGGAGCUCUCCAACAUUCUGCCAUUGAGGGCGAGCGCAGUGCACUCUUUUGGGCCACGGCAUGGGCCAUCUGUAGUGGUUUCACCUGCCCGAUCUCUUUCUGGGGAGACAAUAGUGCAGCCCUAGGGCAGACCAGAGGCACAUGCGGCAGCGCAGAUAGCUCUGCCUCUGCAGCAGCUUGCCGGGCAGUCUCACAAGCAGCUGAGGCCAUUCGGGGAGCCCCUCUUCUUGCCUAUGGGCACGUUAAGGCCCAUCAAGGUCAAGCCUUCAAUGAAUUGGCAGACACACUUGCCAAAGCGCAUCACCUUGGGGAUACUCCCAUCCCAGACGCUGUGCGCCAGGUUGCAGGUUGGGCUCGGGCUGGUAGCCUUGACUGGCUAUGGCUUCUGAUCGAAUCCACUGCUCGACCGGAUCUUUGGCCACGCCACCAGGGACCCAUCUUGUUAGACCCUAUCGGGAAGUCAAUGCCCAUCCCGAACCCACGCCGGGAGUUCCUUAGUCUGCAGCCAGAGCCUGUCCCCGCAGAGGCUGCUGCUUUGACAGACGCCCACCUUGCUCUUCGGUUGGUUACGAUUAACGUACAAACAUUAGAGGAAGACGGGCAUAAAAAUCUACCCGGCCGUACCCCGUACAUCCGAGCCCAGCUUCACGAGCAAGGCGCUACUUUCAUCGGACUACAAGAGACGCGCUCAAAAAGAACUGAGACGAUUGUUUCCCAGACGCACCUGCGCUACACCUCUGCCGCAGACGCCUCAGGCAAUCUUGGUGUGGAACUCUGGAUCUCACGCCAUCAUCCAUUUGCGUGGCAAGGUCAGGUCCCAGCCAGAGCUUCUCCAUCGGACUUCCGGGUAGUCGGGUGGUCACCUAGACACCUGUUUGUUCGCUGCCAGAGGGAUACGAUCAGGUUCCUCCUCACUGUGUGCCACGCUCCCACAACGGCCGAUGCGCACCGCAACAGCUGGUGGAAGGGAUUCUCGGAUGCCUUGAUAAGUGCCUCUAGGGGUGACCCCGUGAUCAUUUUAGGUGACCUUAACACGCGAUUCACAGACCCCAUCCCAGGUCAUGUAGGCGAACUCUGCUGGGAAAAGGAACAGGACAUUCCCGAACAGCUGAUGCGCCUGCUAAAAACACUUAAUCUCUGGAUACCAGCGACUUACCAGUGCUGCCACGAUGGCCCAUCGUACACUUGGGCUGCCCCCGGCAGCGGAAGUAAGUCCCGGUUAGAUUACGUGAUCAUCCCAGGGGAGUGGCAAGCCGCCCCCGGCUCUUCGCGCACACUCCUUGAUGUUGAUUUUGGACAGACAGGAGUCGACCAUUUUGCUGCUCAGCUCGACGUGAGUGUCACUCUCACUCGACAGACCCGGAAACCUGUCAAGGGUCGUAGGAUCGAUGUUCGAAAAAUGCGGGACCCCUUGUCGAGGGACAUCGUUCGUACAAUUUGUCGUACUACCCCAGAUGUGCCUUGGAACGUCGAUGUUCACACCCACUGCGACCUGGUCACCCGACAUCUCGUUGAUAGUCUUGCCCUUGCUUUCCCAUUAUGCGGUGCCGUAUGCCGCCGAGCAUACUUCACGGCCACCACAUGGGCCUUCCGCCAGCAGCGAACCGCCUGUCGCAAAAUCCUUCACCGCGGUAUAGCUGCCCUCAGCCUGGGGGAAACCGGUGCGGCCUUUUGGGCUUGGCGAACACCUGCUAACUCUACCAGCAUAUGGCGUCUCACUGUUGCCGGGUCCCUCAAGUGGAUUCACGGCACAAGUCAAAGCAUCCGGCAAUUCAAGGCACUUAAGCCAAUGCUUCGUCGGUCUAUCAGGACUGACCGGGCCUCUUACCUUCGAGAGACGGCCCAACAAGCAGCGACUUCCCCAGCCAAGUCUGUCUACGAAAAACUUCGACCGCUCCUUGGCCCGCCCAAACACAGACGACGGGGGCUGCAGGAACUUCCAGCGAUCGCCCUCGAGAAUGGCGAAAUAGCCCAAACGCGUGCCGAGACUGAAGCAAGAUGGAUCCGCCACUUCAGUGCUGUCGAAGCCGGGCACCCCGAAGAUCCCUUAGACAUUGUGGGAAAGUGUCUUGCCCGCCAACAUGGGGAAGCACCAGUUGAACUCAGCCUAGAAGCUGAGGAUGUUCCGACCCGCACCCACAUUGAGAGCUCUAUUAGGAAAACCCCUUGUGGUAAAGCAGCUGGGAAGGACAAUGUGCCGCCUGACCUCCUACACCACUUCGCCUCUGAUCUCUCACUACCCGUCUAUCGGCUGGCUCUGAAGGCCUUUUUCAGGCAGACCGAACCGCUGCAGUGGAAAGGUGGUGAAUUGUUUCAUGUGUGGAAACGCAAAGGUUCCGCACUAGACUGCAGUAGCUACAGGGCCAUCCUCGUCAGCUCAACCCUUGGUAAGGCUGUGCACGGAGCCUUCCGGGAGAAGACUGGCCCAGUCUUUGACAGGGCAGCAGCGCCGUUACAACUUGGCGGAAGACGCGGCUGUCCUGUCCAACUCGUCGUGCAAGCUGCACGCCUCUUCCAACAGGCCUGCACGGCCCGAAGGCAGUCUAGCGCUCUCAUAUUUGUAGACCUUAAGGAAGCGUUCCACCGUGUCGCAAGACCCCUCGUACAUGGAGGUGAGGUAGGUUCGGAACACCUUGCCGCUGUAGUCACUGCCUUAGGACUGUCUGAGGACGUAGUGCCUCAGCUACAGCAUUAUGCCCAAAGUGCCUCGCGCUUCCGCACCGCCGGCGCCUCCGAAUGGUCUUCUGCCAUGCUCGCCGAAUUUGGGCGUGAUACGUGGUUUUGUCACGGGCAGGGAGAAGGUACAGCCACAGUCACGUCGGGCACGCGACCCGGCGAUAAUUUGGCAGACGUCCUCUUCUCAAUGCUUUUUGCAUCGAUCCUGACCAACCUCCGAACCGCCUUCCGCGAAGCAGGCCUUAGCGUCUCCAUACCUUGGAGCGACGAUCUCUUAUGUGCUGCCCCUGGCACACCCCUCCCUGACCAGGAGGGGGAGACGGCUCGCCCGAUUGAUGUGACAUGGAUGGAUGACCUCGCCCUGCUUGUCACAUCGGAUACGGCUGAGGACCUUCCAAGGCGUGCCAUCCUCGUAGCCACUGCCACCAUCACUGAAUGCAUCAAGGCCACCCUUUUGCCGAACCUUGCUGCUGGGAAGACCGAAGCUGUUUUGUGCCUUUACGGCAAAAACUCCAGGCGAACCGCUGCCACUGUCUUCCAAGGUGGAGAGCCCUCUCUCCAGCUUGAGUCCCAAGUCUGGCCACAGGCACGUCUGAGGCUCGUGUCAUUGUAUCGCCACGUUGGUGGCUUGAUACAGGCCGGUGGAGGCCACACUAAGGAACUUCGCUCUCGCAUAGGCGCUGCCUGGCAGAAUUUUCGGACCCACAAGCGCCUGGUUUUUGGAUCCCCGGUAGUCUCGGAGUGGGAAAAAGCGGUCCUGUUUGAGUCCCUGGUAAUAAGCACCCUGACCUACGGCAUAGGAGCAUGGCCCCAGUGCGACCAAAACACCAUUGACCGACUCCACAAUGUCCUGGUGCACAUGGCCAGGAUGAUGCUUCGGCCCCGCUUUCGCUUCGAACAAGCGUUGCACUUGAGUGCAGGCUAUGCCCUAGCGCUUGCCCGGAUCCUACCAGCCAGAGACACCGUGCAUCUUGAGCGCCUCCGCCAACUGCGUGCCGCGGUUUCACAAGCCACGCCUGAACUUUGGGCGCUGCUCCACUGGGAAGGUUCAUGGCUUCGAGACGCCCAGGCCUCCUUGGACUGGCUCAACGAGCGCCUGCACCAUGCCGGCCAGGAACAGGAGCUCGUCCGCUCAUGGCAGAACGCGAUUCAGACCUCCCGGGAUCGCCCAGGUCUGUGGAAAAGAAGCCUACGCAGAGCCAAGCUCACAGCUGCAAUGGAGGCCAAGUGGAACGCGGAGAAGCAGCAGUUUUACGGCUAUCUUUUUCGCCAACUUAGGGCUGCUGGAGCUUAUGUGACCGACAUUGCCGAAGUCACGCCACCUUCUGAAGUCUGUGGUCCCUGCGGCCGGCUUUUCCGUGAUCUUCGAUGUUGGGCACACCAUGCUUUCAAGGCACAUGGCCGCCUCCGAGAGGAGCGCACUCUUGUCAAUGGCAAACAAUGCCCAGCCUGUUUGCGCCAUUUUCGUAAUAACGAAAAACUCUGCAAUCAUGUGAGAUAUUCGAGAGGGUGUAAACAGCAGCUCCUCGGUGCUGGAUUCCAGGCCCAGCCCGCUCCGGGCAUUGGCAGCAAAAAAUAUGAUGACGGGCAUAGGUCCCAGCUUCCUGUUGUGCGAGCUGAAGGUCCCAUGCCCAUCUUGCCAGUUGCUCCGAUUGCCUUUGAAGCAGACCGUCCCUCAGAAACCGUUCUUCUUCGACUUGAAGACUGUUUCACACAUGGACUUUCUUCCGAGCAUUCGUUCGCUGCCCUCUUGGACUUCUACCGUCAAGCCUUCUCCGCUGAGUGCCUCCAGAGUACUCGUCUGAAGGCCACCGCUCUUGAAUGGCAAAACAGACUCGAAGCUGAGCUUGACGGAGACAGUGAUCAUCCCAUUGAGUGGGGAGCAUGGCACACGCGCAUCACCCGCAGCCUCCUCCACAUUGACUGGGCCGAUUGGCUUGUCCCGGAUGGGGACAGGGUUGAUCACGUUGCUCGCGUCUACCGUGAUGCUGAGGUGCUCCUGCCCUGGAUCACACUCGAUGUUGCUUUGCCUUCUCUUGGUGGGACUGGCGACACACUGCUACAGUCCUCUCAGUUGCUGAUCUACUUCCCUCCCACGGCCUCCCAGCACCUUGCACCUUUGGAUUUCUGGGUGUCCUGCUCUCCUCCUCUCCGCUACCAGUGA